GAACCUGGUGGUGUGGGUCCUGAGGCUCCUGUACCUCCUUCCUGAUGGUUGAGGGGAGAACUGUCCCUGAACCUGGUGGUGUGGGUCCUGAGGCUCCUGUACCUCCUUCCUGAUGUCAGCAGUGAGAAGAGAGCGUGUCCUGGGUGGUGGGGUCCCCUCUGCUUUCCUGCGACAGCGUUUCCUGUCGAUUUUGUCGACGGUGGGGAGGGAUUUACCCGUGACGGGCUGGGCCGUCCCAAACUGUUUUCAUGUUGUCAGAUUUUCCGUUCUGUCGGAGAUGGUCCAAGUUUCAGAGGUCACCCCCAACCUCCAGAAGGCCGCGACCUGCCGCUCGAUUCACCCUCCGUUUCGAGGGAGGGGUCUCCCCCUCGCUCCGUCUUCCCACUCUCCCUUUUCCUCCCCAGCAGAGGCCAGCCUGGAGGGGUCCCGAAGCGAUGGCCCCCCCGGAGAGCCGGGAGCGGAGGUGGAUCGGGGCCACCGGGCGGACGAGGUGUCGGCCCGCCUCCCCUCCGUCCAGCCGUCUCCCGGAGCCGAACUGGAACCACCGGCCCCGGGGCCCGCCCGCGCGCCGCGGCCCCAGGGGCCGGACACCGGCUGGGAGCCACCGAGGAAGAAAUCCCGGACGCUGUACACGGCAGAGCAACUGCAGCGGCUGGAGACGGUCUUCCACGAUGACCACUACCCGGACAGCGAGAAGCGGAGGGAGAUUGCCCGGCAGGUGGGCGUCACGCCGCAGAAGAUCAUGGUCUGGUUCCAGAAUCGCCGGGCAAAGUGGAGGAAGGCGGAGCGGAGCAACGAGAAGCCCUCCCGCUUCCUGUCGAGGGCAGGGCCGGGCUGCCAGGGGCUGGGGCUGGGGCCGGGCCCCUCCCUCGGGCCCUUCCCCCUCACCUUCACCCUCAGCACUGCCUACCAGAGCACCCAGCCAAACCCGUCUGUGGAGCCACAGCGAUGGAUCUCAGCUACAGGACCGGAGCCCCCUCCCUGCUCCGAGGGGGCGCCCCACCCCGGGGGUCUCUUUGCCCCGCCCGAGCCCCCCCAGCUGGAGAGCCCGCCCCCGCUGCGCAGGGCGACCCUCCCCCCGGACGUGAUGGGCACCGGCUCAGCCAAUCACAUCAGGCCGCUGGCCAUGGACCCGCCCCCGCCGUCGCCGCCGACCAACCCGGAGGAGAGCUGCGUCGACCUGUACCCGCUGGGCGGGGAGUGUCUGGGGGACUACAGCGGGCAGCUGGCUGAGGACCCCCUCGGAGGGCAGCCGCACUUCGGCAGGACUGGGGUGACCCAG